CCCCCCAAAAAAAUAAAAUUUGAGAAGAAACUUCAACAAGGCCAUAGCUGACCAGAGCUCAUCAAUCUUCUCAUUCAAUCCUCAAUAUUAACACCAGCACAAACUCAUCCCCUUCUGAUCUCAUUCCAGGAAAUGAACAACAGCACGACACACACUGGUGGGGUGCUCAACUCAUCAAAUAUUGGAGGUUUCGGCUAUGGAAUUGGUGUGUCCAUAGGUAUCCUCCUCCUUAUCACCACCAUCACUGUCACCUCCUACUUCUGCACCCGAAAUCAGCUCUCUGCAGCCCAGCCUCGAGGCCACACAGAGCCUUCUGAUCAACAUUCCAUUGCUGUUGAAGAAGGCCUUGAUGAGGCCACCCUCAGUAGCUUCCCAAAGAUCCUAUACUCCCAAGCCAGGCUCUCCAAAAAGGACACCACUGCUUCCUGCUGCUCCAUCUGCCUCGCAGAUUACAAGGGAACUGAUAUGAUCCGGCUGCUAUCAGAUUGUGGGCACAUCUUCCAUGUAAAUUGUGUUGACCCGUGGUUAAGGCUGCACCCUACCUGUCCUGUAUGUCGAAAUUCCCCAGUCCCAACUCCGCUCUCCACUCCUCUUGCAGAGGUCGUUCCGUUGUCUACUCAGCCUGGAUGAGAGUAAGAUUUCAAAGCCAAAAGCUCCUCUGCUCAAAGGCCCCAAACUGGACAUUGUUAAAUUUCUACCACUGCAUCAAGAGCUCUCUCACCUUCUGGUUGAGCUGGCUCUAAUCUGUAAUGAUACUUUUCUCUCUUCUUAUUUUUUAACAUUCGUAUUUGGCAUCUGUUUUGUUUAUGGUACCAACAUACUUAGCAGCAAUCAAUGUAAACAUACACAAACCAUGAGAUAAUGAAUACAGAAGCAACAGUUCUGGCAGAGAUUCAGAUAACCACUUACAUGCACAGGCAACUUAUUAACAGCUUGAGAUCACUCUUGUAAGUGGUAAUUUCAGUUUUGAGAGGAAUCAAAUAAAUCAAAUUAAUUAGAACCAAGAGGAAUGUUAAGA